UUUGAUAAGAAAGUAUUUGAAAACCUCAGAAAUUGCGCGAAUUUAAUAAAUUGAAUUGCAAUUUUUAGUUGACAACUUCUACAUUAAAAACAGAAUUUCACUUUAAAAAAUUUAUCCAUCGAUUCGGUGAAUGAAAUGGUAUAAAUAAUCAUGGAUACAAAUUCUUGUCCAGUUUGCGAUAAAGUCUUCAGUGUUAAAGAAAUCGAACGACAUGUAAAUAACUGCUUAUUUUUGAACAGUCGAAAUGAAACUCCAGCAACAACUCCGAAAAGAAAACGAGAUAACAACGAAUCCCCUCAAUCCACCAAACAAGUAAAAACUUCCACAAGCACUACCGCAGCUACUUUUCCAGGCAACGUUGAAGUUGAACAACCGGAAAAUAAUAAUCCACCGGAAGCGGAUAAACCGAAGGAAUAUGCGUUCAAAAUACCGUUGGCAGAAGCUCUAAGACCUACAGAUCUCGAAGAUUUCGUCGGUCAAGAAAAAGCGAUCGGUAGUGGUACCCUUUUAAGGAAGCUUUUGAACACUGCUGAUAUUCCGAGCUUGAUUCUAUGGGGACCUCCGGGAUGCGGAAAAACCACGUUGGCGAAUGUCAUCAAAGAAACCUUACUCAAAAGAGCCAAGAAUAAGAAAGGUGCAUUGGUUAGAUUCGUUAAACUUCAUGCCACAACUGCUGGCGUUAAUGAUGUAAAAGAAGUGAUAAACAUAGCGAAAAAUGAGAUGAAAAUGUUUCAAAAAAGAACGAUCUUAUUUAUGGAUGAAAUUCACCGAUUUAAUAAGUCACAACAGGAUACGUUUCUACCUCAUAUUGAAAACGGAACAAUUACAUUGAUCGGAGCUACAACACAGAAUCCAUCGUUCAGCUUAAAUAACGCCUUAUUGAGUCGCUGUCGAGUAAUAACUUUUGAUAAAUUAUCGGUCGAAGAUAUUGUCGAUAUUUUACAUCGAGCGGUUGAACAUGUCGGAGGAUACAUUGGUUCUUCGAAUGAAAAUGAAGAUACUCAGGAAUCGUUUAUUAUCGAUGAAGAUACCAUUAAAUGGCUGGCUGAGAUAUCAGACGGUGAUGCUAGAAUAGCACUGAAUAGUUUGCAAAUGGCUAUUCAGAGUAAAAACGAAACGAAUGCUGUGAUAACUCUGUCUGAUAUAAAAGAGAGCAUCAAACGAUCACAUCUUUUAUACGAUAGAAAUGGUGAUGAACAUUAUAACAUAAUUUCAGCUUUGCAUAAAUCAGUUCGAGCUUCCGAUGAUAACGCAGCAUUGUAUUGGUUAGCAAGAAUGAUAGAGGGUGGCGAAGAUCCGAUUUAUAUAGCUCGUAGAUUAGUUCGAGCUGCUGCUGAAGAUAUCGGAUUGGCUGAUCCUCAAGCUUUAGUAUUAGCUGUUUCCACUUUACACGGUUGUCAAACUAUCGGUAUGCCUGAAUCUGAUGUGUUACUGGCUCAGUUGGCGGUUUAUUUAGCGAGAGCUCCAAAAUCGACAGAGGUUUACAUGGCGUUGAAAGAUGCAAGAAAAUUCAUCAAGGAAUUUAAAGGUCCUCAACCAUCAGUGCCCUUGGAUUUACGAAAUGCUCCCACCAAAAUGAUGAAAGAUAUGGGUUAUGGACAGCAUUAUAACAAGCAGCAUAAAGAUGUAUCCGGUUUAACUUACAUGCCCGAAGGACUGGAAACCCUUACGUUUUUUUCAAAAUAAUUAAAUUAUUCCUAUUACAUAUUACUUUUGCGUUUUUUAUUACGUGCUUAUCAUGUUACAUCAUUUAUGUUUGAUUAAACUUUGAGUUUGCUUUUUUUCCAA